CGACUGCAAAAAGGUACGUCAAUGAACGUACAAGAAGAGGAGACUCCGCACUGUGGUGUUGGGUCAUGUAACAUCUUCGGUUGUGCUUGUGAAGGUGGCUGUAGAAAGAGUGAGGACUGUGUUGACACUGUAUACAGAUCAGGCUCUCUAUACUACGUAUGUAGGUGUGACAAAAAGAGAGCAGUUGACAACGUGUCAUAUGCCAGAGCUGUAUUCAGUGACAUGGACAGAAAAGCUAUCUCAGGCCAUGGUGAGCUGUAGUGCCAUUUUGCUAGUUGCUGUCUUUGUUGCAGCAAGCAUGGUAGAAGUUGGGCAGGCAGUCUGUUGUAUUAUCGUACGUUCCGAUUACUGUGCCGACUGCAAAAUGGGGACUCCGUACUGUGGUGUUGGAUCGUGUAACAUCUUCGGUUGUGCUUGUCAAGGUGGCUGUAGAAAGAGUGAGGACUGUGUUAACACUGUAUACAGAUAUGAUUCUCUGUACUCCUAUUGCACGUGUGACAAAAAGAGAGCAGUUGACAACGUGUCAUAUGCCAGAGCUGUAUUCAGUGACAUGGACAGAAAAAGGGUUGAUCAAAUUUCCGAGGAGGAGUUUACAGAUGUCGUAAUGGCUGUGUAAAGAAGAAAACAAAUCGUUCUAGCUGAAUCCACCAUCAUGACUUGGAACAAAGAAGAUAAUUUGGAU